CGGAAGUUGUUCUGUUUGAACGUUCGUCAUGUUCUCCGUGUUUUGUAUCGACGAACUAAGCCUCUUUUCUCUCGAUUUGUGGUGAAAUUAGUUUAAUUUUGAGUUCAAUUCAGCUGUAACUACUCGGUUAAUGUUGAAGGUAAAUAGUGAUGAACGAAAGCUAACAGAUGUGGAGACAGCAGGUCCAGCAGCACCUGGAUGCAGAGGAAGAAGAAAUGGAGGUUUUUGUUGGAAGUAGAGAUGCUCUUGAACAGGAAACAACUGGAGAAAGAAAAAUCAUAGAUGCAGUUUUCAGUCCGAACGAUCAGCUGCAUAUAAUAGUGGUUCCUGCAGAUGUUCAGAAGUCAGUGCUGAUUAAAGAAGAGGCUCCUGAAGAACAGUGGCCUGAUGUGGACCAGCAGGAUACAAAUUGCCUCCACAUAAAAGAGGAAGAGGAGGAACAGUGGACCAUUUUGGGAGGAGAGCAGCUCAGUAUGAAGGAGGAGACAGAUGUCACCAGCUUUUCAUUAACUGCAGUUCAUUUUAAGAGUGAGGAUGAUGAAGAGAAACAUCUGUUCUCACAGCUUCAUCAACACCAAGUUGAAUAUGGUGAUCUUCCAACCAGCAGCUCAGGUGACCACAUAAAAUCAUCAACUGGUGAAGGAGAAAAAGAUACAAAAAAACCAGAUCUAAAUGCUUAUAGAGAUGAUUCUGAUUCUUCAGAAACUGAAGUUAGUGAAGAUGACAAAGAGGAUAAUGAUGUGAACAAUCCUGAGUCUCAGCUGAAACUUUUAUCAAACGUUGGGUUAAAAACUGAACACACUGAUGAAGCCUGGGAGUCUUCACCCAGCAGGGUCUCUGAGUCAAGGGUCAGUCCCAUCGAUCAACUGCAUAUAAUAGUGGUUCCUGCAGAUGUUCAGAAGUCAGUGCUGAUUAAAGAAGAAGCUCCUGAAGAACAGUGGCCUGAUGUGGACCAGCAGGACACAAAUUGUCUCCACAUAAAACAGGAAGAGGAGGAACCGUGGAUCAUUUUGGGAGGAGAGCAGCUCAGUAUGAAGGAGGAGACAGAUGUCACCAACUUUUCAUUAACUGCAGUUCCUUUUAAGAGUGAGGAUGAUGAAGAGAAACCUCUGUUCUCACAGCUUCAUCAACACCAAGUUGAAGUCCGUGAUCUUCUAACCAACAGUUCAGGUGAUCACAUAGAAUCAGCAACUGGUGAAGGAACAAAAUAUACAAAAUACCCAGAUUUAAUUGCUUAUAGAGAAGAUUCUGAUUCUUCAGAAACUGAAGUUAGUGAAGAUGAUGAAGAUGAUAAUGAUGUGAACAAUCCUGAGUCUCAGCUGAAGCUUUUCUCAGACUUUGGGUUAAAAACUGAACACACUGAUGAAGCUCGGGUGUAUUCACCCAGCAGGGUCUCUGAGUCAAUUGUGAACAGGGUCCACAACAAAAAUGGACUGAAACCAUUUUGUUGUGAUGUUUUGGUUCCUGCAGAUGUUCAGAAGUCAGUGCUGAUUAAAGAAGAAGCUCCUGAAGAACAGUGGCUUGAUGUGGACCAGCAGGACACAAAUUGCUUCCACAUAAAAGAGGAAGAGGAGGAACAGUGGGCCAUUUUGGGGGGAGAGCAGCUCAGUAUGAAGGAGGAGACAGGUGUCACCAGCUUUUCAUUAACUGCAGUUCCUUUUAAGAGUGAGGAUGAUGAAGAGAAACCUCUGUUCUCACAGCUUCAUCAACACCAAGUUGAAGUCAGUGAUCUUCCAACCAGCAGCUCAGAAACUGAAGUUAGUGAAGAUGAAGAGUAUAAUGAUGUGAACAAUCCCGAGUCUCAGCUGAAGCCUUUAUCAGACUUUGGGUCAAAAGUUGAACACACUGAUGAAGCCCAGGAGUCUUCACCCAGCAGGGUCUCUGAGUCAACGAUCACCCAGCGCUUGACCCUCCCCAAGUCCGGCAUCCCAUGGCAACCUCGACCUCCAGCGACCUCCAACGCUUGA